AUGCCACCAGGUACCCGUCCGACGCGUGCACGCAUCGUGUCAAACGAGAACGAUGAGAACAGUGGAUCAAUGCGCAUGACGCGUGCCAAGGCGGCCGCGUUGAACGUUGAUGAGCUUGCUGCUCCUGGAAAGGCCGCCCUCGCCACGAAAAAGCCUGCCGUCAACGCGAACCCAGCAGGGCAGCGAAAGCGCGCCGCCCUCGGCGAUGUCAGCAACGUCAACAAGACAGAGACUGCUGUCCCAGGAAAGAAACCUGCGAGCAAAAGCGGCCUUGUCUCCAAGGCUGCUCAACCCACCGGUAUCACGAAGAAAUCUAGCACCGCUACAACCAGAAACGCUGUGCCCAAAGAGAAGAAGGCACCUGGCUCCGGAUCCGGCGCGAUUCCCAAGAGGAAGCCAAUCAACGUCUCAUCGAACGCGAACGCUGCGAAGGACGAUAACCUCCUCGCCGAGGGCGAGCCCCUGCGCAAGAAGCAUUAUGCCACUCAGCCCACUGAGAAGCGUCGAGCCAAACCUGAACCCGAGCUUCCUCCCUCCACGGCUCCUGUUGAGUCUGUGCCUGCCGGCAGCAACAAGCCGUUUACCUACCCGUCUGGUGUUAGGAAUCUGGAUGAGGAAGACCUGGAUGAUCCGUUGAUGGUGGCCGAGUAUGCUAACGAGAUCUUCGAAUACCUUCGCGAUCUGGAGUGCAACUCUAUCCCCAAUCCCAACUACAUGGAGCACCAAGACGACUUGGAAUGGAAGACUCGUGGAAUAUUGGUCGACUGGCUGAUUGAAGUGCACACGCGCUUCCACCUCCUCCCCGAGACUCUCUUCUUGGCCAUCAACAUCAUUGAUCGCUUCCUCUCCGAGAAAGUUGUCCAGCUCGACCGCCUGCAGCUUGUCGGAAUCACGGCUAUGUUCAUUGCGUCCAAGUACGAAGAGGUUUUAUCGCCUCACGUCGCCAACUUUCGCCACGUUGCAGACGACGGGUUCAGUGAAGCCGAGAUCCUUAGCGCGGAGCGCUUCGUCCUCGGAACUCUCAACUACGACCUGAGCUACCCCAAUCCUAUGAACUUCCUUCGACGCAUCAGCAAAGCAGACAACUACGACAUUCAGUGCCGCACCAUUGGCAAGUACCUCAUGGAGAUCAGCCUCCUUGACCAUCGAUUCAUGGCCUAUCGCCCCAGCCAUGUUGCAGCUGGCGCUAUGUACCUGGCUCGGCUUAUCCUCGACCGAGGUGACUGGGACGCUACCAUCGCAUUUUACGCUGGCUAUACCGAGGACGAGAUUGAGCCUGUCAUUCGUCUCAUGGUCGACUAUCUUGCGCGCCCCGUCGUCCACGAGGCCUUCUUCAAGAAGUACGCCAGCAAGAAAUUUCUCAAGGCAUCCAUCCUGACGCGCCAGUGGGCCAAGAAGAGUGCCGAGCACUUUGGUGUUGUUGACGUUCAUCUCUCUUUGGAUCAGAUCUCGACCCGGGAGGAGGACAACUACCCCGAGGAGGAUGAAGAGCAAGACGACUACUAG